AUGUCACUGAUCCCUGCGCGGUCGUCUUGGCCCCUGCAACUUCUGCUACUCUCAGCGCUGGUUGUCGGCUGCGGCUCCGAUGGAAACCUUCAUCAAAGCUCGGCGCUGCAUCUGCGAGCUGUGAGGACUCUGAGUCGCAUCCGGGGAGGGCGCCAGGCUUGUUCGCCGCCGCAGGGAUCCUCUGAGGUUGAGGGACCGCAACUGCCGCCUGCUGCGGCCCCCGCGCCAUCGGAAGAGGAGGAGAGCUCCGAGGACGCGGAGGAGAGAGACUCAGGAGAGUCGGACGUGAGAUUGGAAGAGGAUGCUGACUCCAAGGAUUCCUAUGUGUCAAGUUCAAUGGACAAGGAUGAGGACAAGGACGAGGAUGAGGACAAGGACGAGGGCAAGGUGAAGGACGAGGACGAGGUGAAGGAGGUAGAAGUGGGAUGGGACGAGGACGAGGAUAAGGGAAAGAAAAGAGGCAGGAAGACACGCAAGGCAAGCAAUGCUGCCAGGUUCAUCGCAAGAGUCGAACGUACAAUGGGAGUGAACGCGACUGCGGAGGAGCAAGAAUACGAGACGCAAAGCACGAGUGCAGAAGGGAUUUCUCUGUCGGAGGAGGAAGUGAACGCUGAGGAGGAUGCGGAGGAGGAGGGCUCGGGGGUGAACUUUGAGGAAGUCCUUGAGCAGGCGAAGCAAGGAGACAAGUAUGCUCAGUUUGAGCUUGCGUUACAACUCGCUACUCGCCUGGCCCGAAAGAAGGCAACAGGCAACCAGACGGAAGCAACACAUUGGUACCUGCAAGCAGCUGAAAGGGGAGUGGGUGAGAUUACAGAGAGUGGGAGCAUGAGCAUGAGACGCAACGCAGCGUCGGCGCAGCACAACGUGGCUGGGCGUUUGUUUCAAGGGAUAGGAUGCUCCAAGCUGAUGCUGGCAACCAUCUACGAAGAAGGAGAAGUGGUGGAUCAGGACAUUCCAAGGGCUGUGAAAUAUUACCAGAAGGCGGCGGACGCGGGGGAUGAGCGAGGGGAAGCAAGCCUGGGGGUCCUGCUGAUCCAGGGAAGUCACGGGCUGAAACAAGACGCGGAGGAGGGACUGGCGCUACUGCAUUCCGCUGCGAACAAGGAGCAGGAGCAGGAGCAGGAGCAGGAGCAGGAGAAACCGAAAGAGGAAGACACGGAGGAGGGGGGGGAGGAGGAGGAGGAGAAGAAGAAACAUGGGGAGAAGAAAGACGAGGAGAAUGAGAAGAAAUAA